AGGCUUAGGCUCAAGGCCUUUUGCUGCUUCGUGAAACAGUCGUCGCCGGACGAUUCCUCCCAUGGAUCCUCUGAAGGAGGAAACGCAAUACUAUGAGAGGUUCAAAGAUAUGCUGGGAGAGUUGGAACAGCUGCAUUUGGCAGAGGUCGGCCAACUUCAGGUCCAGGUCUUAGAACUUCAAAAGCGCUUGGGAGAAAGCUAUUUUGGGCCACGGUGUGCCUCCCCGGUGAAAGCCAUCCAACCGCAUGCAGACUCUCGGCCUCAGACCGAAGGGCUGGGCCCGGAGGUCUCCCACUUGGAGGUGCCCCCGUCACCGGUGCCUGAAGCCUUGCAGUUAGACGAGCCCAGCGUGACCAGUGACGCGGACGGCGAAGCUGCCAAACCCGCCGUUGCCAAGUUGAAGAGGGAUGGAUCCGCUUCAGCUCAGUCGCUGGUGUCGUCCAUCCUAGAAUCCAUCGACGACGAGGAUGUGUCUGGGGAUCUCUUGCCGAACGACCCCAAAUGGCUGGAGCGCACGAGACAUCUCUUCAUGGGACCCAGGUUUGAGUUUUCUGUUUGCUUGCUUCUGGUGGUGAACUUGAUCCUCAUGGCGGUGCAACUGCAGUUCCACGGCAUGGGCGUGGGGCACAGCAUCGGGUACAGUCGCUUCGAUGCGAACCCAAAGGAGCUCUACCCUUUCGCUGAAGAUUUUUUCUACUAUGCCGACCUCAUCUUCGCCAUCAUUUUCACCUUGGAGAUGAUGAUUCGUUGGUUCGUGAUCCGCUGGGACUUCUGGCGCCACUGCCUGAAUUGGAUCGAUUUCCUGGUGGUCGUCAGCAGCUGGGUCGAGCUGUUUGCCGCAGCCUUGCCCAUCUCCCCCACCUUCUUGCGGAUGAUGCGUCUGGGGAAGCUCUUGCGCGCCCUGCGCGUCGUCCGUCUCUCCCAAGUCUUGGAAUCGUUGCAAUUGCUUCUGAAAUGCAUCGUGGCAAGUCUGCGGAUUCUCUUCUGGUCCUUGGUUUUGCUGAUGAUCAUUCAAUGCAGUGCAGGAAUGACCAUCUCCUACAUGCUCAGCGAUUACAUGUCAGACCCUGCACGUGCUGAUGAGAGUGCACGGUAUGAGGUCUUCCGCUACUAUGGCACCUUCUCGAAGACGAUCCUUACCAUGUUCGAGGUCUUAUUUGCCAACUGGGCUCCUGCAUGUCGUGUGCUCAUUGACAACGUCAGCGAGGCAUACUCCCUGGCCUUCAUCAUCUACCGAUGCUUUGUGGGCUUUGCCGUGCUGAACGUGGUCAAUGCCGUUUUUGUGCAGAGCACGAUGAAGGUCGCCUUGGCAGAUGACGAGAUCGUCGCCAACGAGAAGGCUAGGGCUCAGGCGGCCUAUACACGCAGAGUCAACGCCCUCUUCAGUCAAGCAGACACUUCAGGCGAUGGGGUCUUGGACUUGGAAGAGUUCCUCCGAUUGCUCGACAAUCCCCAGCUGCAGGUGUGGCUGCACAUGAUUGAGUUGGACACCACGGACUUGCUGGGUCUCUUCAAGAUGUUGGAUGAUGGGGAUGGAGAGAUCUCAUUGGAAGAAUUUCAGGAAGGAAUGAAGAAGAUGAAGGGAAUGGCCAAAAGCUUGGACCUGAACAAGUUGCAACACGAGGUCGCCAAAUUACACGUCAAGGUGGACUGUCUCUUUGGGAGUUCUGCAGGGCCUGCCAUCUUCAAAGCGACCAAGCACUUGAGCUCCAGCUUCGGAAGCACGGCCAGCCGUGCCAGGGCCAGGCUUAAGAAGAAUCAAGUCUGAGACGAGUAGCCGGAGAGGCCGUGCCAGGGCCAGGAGACGGCCAGGGCCGUGCCAGGGCCCCUCGCCAGGGCGCCUCGCAGAUCGCGCCACGAGCUGAAGACGAGUCGCCAGGGUGAGAAAAUGCCGGCUCGGCCAUGAGAAAGGCCGGUGCAAGUUGC